AUGGGUGAAAGCAGACCACGCAACGCGCUCAUUACCGGUGCAAACGGAUACAUUGGGUCGGCCGUAUGUCGCGCUUUUGUUCGAGCUGGCUGGAACACUUUUGGUCUCAUUCGAAAUCCGCAAGCGCUAGAGGAGCUUGCUCUUUCUGAGGUUAUCCCAAUUGUCGGGUCCCUCACCGAUCUCAGCUUUCUAGAUGCUCUAUUCGAGCAAGCCAACACCUUCGAUGUCAUCGUCAAUUGUACGGAGAAGAUCCCGGGCUACGCUGCCCAUUUCGAAGAAGUUAUCGCCUGUGUCAAGACCCUGGCCGAACAAAGCAACCGAAAUGGAGUCCGACCCCUCGUCCUUUGGUCAUCCGGAUGUAAAGAUUAUGGCACCACGGCACUUCACGAGGCACCCGAUCUUGCUCCCCAUACUGAAGACUCUCCAAUGAAUGGGCCGGAGCUGGUGAAAGAGCGCACGAUCAACUCUGCAAAGGUCUUUGACUAUGCCAGCCUUUUCGAUGCCGCCGUCAUUAGGCCAACUUGUGUCUUCGGAUAUCCAAGCAGCUACUAUGGUGCCAUCUUUGACUAUGCGGCAGCUCAAAAGGAAGAUGGGUUCCAAGUGCUUCAGAUUCCCGGGGAUGCGAAAAGCAUCAUGCAUGCUACUCAUGUUGACGAUUGUGGUGAAGCUUACGUGUCGCUUGCUGAGCAUGCGGAUCGAAGCGCUGUAGGCGGUAAAUCCUUCAACGUCUCUGGCCGUCGCUAUGAAACUCUAGACGAGAUUGCAUCAGCCGUGGCCAGAGAAUAUGGCUUCAAAGGUGGUGUGCAGUUUAUCGCGGCUAGUGCUGCUGAACCGUCAUUUCCAGCAGGGCUGCAUUUUGUCUUCAGUCUUAGUCAGUGGGUAGGGAGCGAAAGGCUGCGGUCGAUGACCGGAUGGAAAGAUAGACGAGCACUGUUUUCUGAAGGGAUACAUGCGCACAGGUUGGCUUAUGAAGCAUUCAAGCGCCGUGGUAAUGCGAAUGUUGCCAAAAUUCAGAGAAUGAUGGCAGGGAACUUUGAUGCGCCGAGGUAG